GAGUGGAGGCUGUGAGUGUGCAGAGUGUGUGUGCUUGGCUGGCUCCACUUCUGCUUUGCAUUGCCAGUCUGAACCAGCACAAGGCGUAUGCCAGUUGCAGGGCUGGGGUCUGUCCUCUGAUGUUGCCCCACAAGACCCCCUCCUGCCCUCUGUCCGGCCGGCGAUGGCUGAAGGGGUGACCUAUGCUGACCUGAGGUUUGUGAAGAACCCUCCUGGGAACAAGACCCCAAGGGAAGGGCAUGGAGCCGAAGAAGGGGAGCUCACCUAUGAGAACGUCCAGGGGUCGAGUCCAGGGGGGAAAGAGGAGACCCCAGGCACCCCCAAAGAGGACACAGCAUCCAAGCCAUGGGUCAAGGGUGUCACCCUGGGAGCACUGACCACCUGCCUCAUUCUCCUGGCCGCUGCUGUAGGACUCGGGGUCCGAUACGGGCAGGUCUCUGGGCAGUUCCAGCAGGCAUUGCAAGCGCAUGCAGCCCACAGCAGCGCACAGGAAGGGAGCCUGGCGCAAAAGGAGGAUUGGCUGCACCAGGCUUUAGCCGAGCUGAACUCCACCCGGGAGACCCUGAGGGAGAGCCAGGAGGCCACCAAAAACACCCAGGAGCAACUGCAGGAGGCCAAUCGCAACCUCCAUUCCCUGGAGCAGGAGAAGAACCAGGCAGAGGCAGAGCUGAGACGGGCAAACUCCUGCCAGAAGAUAGGCUGCUGCCCGGAUGGCUGGACGCUCUUCCGCUGGAAAUGCCUCUGGGUGUCCCAAGUGAGGAAGAAUUGGGAGAGAAGCCAGGAAGACUGUAGAGAGAAGUCAUCCCAGCUGCUUUUGGCCAAGGAGCCCUGGGGCCUGCAGCAGGUCUGGGCUGCCCUGAGGAGGCCGAAUCACCUGCGCUCCAAUGGAUACUGGAUUGGACUUCGCAAAUUUAACAUGGUUUUUAUUUGGGCCGAUGGGUCACGCUAUGAAGGGACUGAGAAACCUGUGCAGUCUUGGGUUCUGCUCUGUGGAAAAGUGGACCGAGGGAACUUGGUGCAAACGGAAUGUUACCACCUCAAUGGCUACAUCUGUGAGAGGGCAGCCAGCCCCACUGGGCCAGUCCAAGCCCCCAGCCCCUGA